UCAGUUUAUUGCUAGAAUACGUGCAGAAGGAGAUGGAAAGUUAAAUGCUUAAUAAUUACUGAAAACAGCGUGAACUGAGUAUCCAGUUUUGAUUUAUUAGAAUUUAUCCAAGAUGCCCUGCGGGAAACGACCUCUGAAUAAGACUUGGGACAAACCCAGAAACUUAAGAGUGAUAAAGCCGUCUCGAUAUGAGCAAAACGAGGCCUCGGUCAAGUUGCAUUGGAAGAAUGUUGUUAAAGAGCUGGAAUUGUCGUAUAAAGAUGAUAAGUUCUGGGAGUCUCAAAGCAAGACAGUCCGCGAGUUGGUGGGCCCGCGCUUGUUCUCACGCAUCGCCAAGAUCUUCCACCUGCCUCCCGAGGAAGUAAAGUAUGAGCCGCCUUCCGAGAGCGCCUCCAUCAUGGCCUCAGACGAAUUCUAUAUUGCCAAGUUGACUUCAGCAGUUAUUGAAAGCCGACCUAACUUCUCCAUGAGUGACUUUGAACCGUCAAUAGUUGAGGAGCAAGUUCAAGAAGACGAACAGUCGGAGCAGUGGAGUGAAGAGUCGCAAGCAGACACUAUUGUAAGACAAAAGUCCUCCCGCAAGUCCUUGGCAGUCAAAACCUCCCACGCGGCGACUAUAACUGCCUCUAGAAACUUUUCUAGGAUGAUAUCUUCAAAAAGCUUUAGUCAAAGAGCGAUAGCCGGCCCUGAAGACAGUUCGCCGAGUCACUCGUCUAAAGAAUCGAGUGAAGGGUCUGCGGCCUACACACACGAUGAUAUGGAUGUUCAUCUGGCAAGUAUUUAUGGUAUACCGCGCAAAUAUAGUUCUAAAAAUCCCCAUUUUGACAUGCUAUAUUGUAAUGAAUCUGAAACCGAUAUGAUCAAGUGGAAAUCUAAAUACAAACAAAAAGUCUUUGAAGUAUCAGCAUCCGAUGAAUUUAGUAAGAAGGCCGAAAUUAUGACGAAGAAGAUUGCUAAAGAAUUUUAUGACUGGUGGACUAACCUUGGUAGUCAAGAGUUUAAGAGUGAAAUUAAACGUCCAGAAGAUAUUGAAGAUCUUUUCCAGGUGUGGUUCGAUGAACAUGCAUCUCGUAGCUUGAUGUUGGAUCCAAAGAUUCUGCCUUGCGUACUCCAAAGCAUUGCAAAUUAUGUGGGCGUGCCUAAGACGUCAUGUCCGCGAGUUCUCAAGCGGCAGAUCGCGUUCGACAUCCACGCGGAGACGAGCCCUGCGCACACGACGGCAUUCGACUCGUCACUGCCACAGAAGUUGAAACACAUCCCGCCGCGGAACAACACGGAGACCAUGUGGCAUUGCGUCAAGAUUCCCGAGGAUCUGCGCACUAUGGAAGCCGUCUGGGGUGACGUCCAACAUCUCACAUCUACGAAGUCGUUCUACAUAUGGCUGAAGUCACGACCUCACCUGCCGAUGCCGCAGUUCCUGCACACCAUCGACUCUCCUGGCGACAAGAAGCAGCUAUUCGUGGUACCCUCGGACUACGUGGUCAAGGACACACGCCAGGGCUCCGCCGAGGAACAAGAGCUCAACUUGCCGGUGUCUCAGUUCCAACUCGAGCUCAAAUCUGUGCUGAGCAAACUGAUGAAUGACUGA